GAUUUGUCUCUGCCCAUACUGGAUUGUGCCGGAUCAUCUUAGAUCUCAGGGUGUACAGCACACAUGGUUGUUGAUGGUUGUUUGGAAUGUAGUCAAGUUGUCUUUCCAUUCAACUUUCGAACAAGUUAUUUACAAUUAGUAAUCUAAUUACCGACUAGUAUUUAUAUAAAUACAUUUCAUAACAAUAAUUUCCCAAACUCUGACUUGCACUGCAAUGUGAAGUCUGUGCUUUCACCACGACAGCAAGACACGAACGGCCAUCCGCCAUAAGUGUGCGCCAUUUUGCAAGGGAUUUGGCACUCGUCCUCGUAAAUCUAACUGGGAACGUCGAGCAAAAAUCGAUUUAUUAGGCUUUACUUACUAAUAGUCCAUUAUGUCUUCCUCAUACAAUAACUCAGAAGAAAGUUCUUCUGAUAGGAAUGUGGAAAUUUGGAAAAUCAAGAAGUUGAUCAAGAGCUUAGAAAUGGCAAGAGGGAAUGGCACAAGUAUGAUCUCUCUUAUCAUUCCACCGAAGGAUCAGAUCUCAAGAGUCAGUAAAAUGUUAGCUGACGAGUUUGGUACAGCUUCAAACAUUAAAUCUCGAGUUAAUAGACUAUCAGUUUUAGGUGCCAUUACAUCUGUGCAGCAUAGAUUAAAAUUAUAUACAAAAGUUCCUCCGAAUGGGCUUGUGAUCUACUGUGGAACAAUUGUGACUGAUGAAGGAAAGGAGAAGAAAGUUAAUAUAGAUUUUGAACCUUUUAAACCAAUUAAUACAUCAUUGUACCUUUGUGACAACAAGUUUCACACUGAGGCCUUGACUGCACUUCUAGCAGAUGAUAAUAAAUUUGGCUUCAUUGUCAUGGAUGGAAAUGGUGCAUUAUUUGGCACUCUUCAAGGCAACACCAGAGAAGUUUUACAUAAAUUUACUGUAGAUUUACCGAAGAAACACGGCAGAGGUGGUCAGUCUGCACUCCGUUUUGCAAGAUUGCGUAUGGAAAAGAGACACAAUUAUGUGAGAAAAGUUGCAGAAGUAGCUACAACACUUUUUAUUACCAAUGAUAAACCUAACAUUGCUGGUAUAAUUUUGGCUGGUAGUGCAGAUUUCAAGACUGAACUUAGUCAGUCAGAUAUGUUUGACCCUAGACUGCAAGCAAAGAUUAUUAAACUUGUGGAUGUGUCUUAUGGUGGUGAAAACGGUUUUAAUCAAGCUAUUGAAUUAGCUGCAGAAUCAUUGCAGAACGUUAAGUUUAUUCAAGAAAAGAAAUUGAUUGGUCGUUAUUUUGAUGAAAUCAGUCAGGAUACUGGAAAAUAUUGUUUUGGUGUGGAGGACACAUUGCGAGCAUUGGAGCUAGGGUCAGUGGAAACGCUGAUUUGUUGGGAAAAUUUAGACAUUCAACGCUAUGUUCUCAAAAAUCACGCUACAGCUGAAGACAAGAUUUUGCAUUUAACGCCUGAGCAAGAAAAGGACAAAACACACUUUACUGACAAGGAGAGUGGGGUAGAAUUGGAAUUAGUAGAAUGUCAACCUCUUCUAGAGUGGCUUGCUAAUAAUUACAAGAAUUUUGGAGCAACUUUGGAAAUUAUUACUGAUAAAUCUCAGGAAGGCUCACAGUUUGUGCGAGGAUUUGGAGGAAUUGGAGGCAUUCUUCGUUACAAGGUCGACUUCCAGUCUCUUCAGGCAGAUGAGCCUUUGGAUGAUGUGGAUCUUGAUGAUUAUUAAGAUCUCUUGUAGGCCUCUUCAUCAGGUAGAUCAGAUUGUGUAGUCGUGACGUUUGUGCUCACAAAUUCCCUAAGUUUUUAUUUUAUUUCCAUAAUUUUUGUCUGAAAAAAUCGAUUUGCUUACAUUAUAUUUCUUUAUCUUCAUGGCUGUAAAGUGACUUCUGUUCUAAGGCUUAUGGUACACAAUGAAUGUUCAUUUUAAUGUAAACAUUGUAGACUUGUGAAUUGUGUUCUUUACACAGAUUUUAUCAAAGUAGAUGUCUAGGAAUUGAAGAUAGUGUAAAAAAAUUAAUCGAGCUCUUUAUAAGUGUCUUUAAAAGAUAUUACAGGGUGAUGUUGGGAGGGGUUGACAAGUCGUUUUUAUGGAAUGUAUUAUUUGGAGAUGGUUACAAAUUUAAAUUAAAAAAAAAAAAAAAAUCCUUUGAGCAUUUU